UCUCUUUCUCUCUCUCGUUCUAAUUCUUGAAUUCCCUUAGAAGCUUUUCAAUAAGUAAAAGCAUGCACCAUCCCUCAUUGGAUACAUAACAAUACUCUUUUUUUCUUUUUCUUUUCUCUCUAACAAGUCUUGGAUAUUCCCAUUCUUUUCCUUAGCUACAGCUCAAUGGGAGACGUGGCGAAGGACCUCACGGCAGGGACGGUGGGAGGGGCGGCGCAGCUAAUAUGCGGCCACCCCUUCGACACCAUAAAGGUGAAGCUGCAGAGCCAGCCUACACCAGUACCCGGUCAGUCUCCAAAGUAUUCAGGUGCAAUUGAUGCUGUGAAGAAGACACUAGCAGCUGAAGGUCCAAGAGGCUUGUACAAAGGGAUGGGGGCCCCACUUGCAACCGUUGCAGCCUUCAAUGCGGUGCUGUUUACGGUUAGAGGACAGAUGGAAGCAUUGGUCAGGACCCAACCUGGUGCUCCCCUCUCAGUUAGCCAGCAGUUUGUUUGCGGCGCCGGCGCCGGCGUUGCUGUUUCCUUCCUUGCUUGCCCCACUGAACUUGUCAAAUGCAGGCUGCAAGCACAAAGCGCACUUGCUGGGACCGGAACAGCGGCGGUGGCUGCCGUGAAGUACGGAGGACCAAUGGACGUGGCGAGGCAAGUUCUAAGAUCAGAAGGCGGCAUGAGAGGCCUUUUCAAAGGCUUGAUUCCGACCAUGGGCCGCGAGAUACCGGGAAACGCCAUAAUGUUUGGUGUCUACGAAGCAAUCAAGCAAAUGCUUGCAGGGGGCCCUGACACUUCCGGACUAGGCAGAGGAUCUCUGAUUCUAGCCGGCGGCGUGGCUGGAGCCUCCUUUUGGUUCAUGGUGUAUCCAACCGACGUUGUUAAGAGUGUGAUCCAAGUUGAUGAUUACAAGAACCCAAAGUUUUCUGGCUCCUUUGAUGCUUUUAGAAAGAUUCAAGCUUCGGAGGGUUUAAAAGGCCUUUAUAAGGGUUUCGGGCCGGCCAUGGCGCGAAGCGUUCCGGCCAACGCCGCCUGCUUCUUGGCAUAUGAGAUGACAAGAUCAGCUCUUGGAUGAUAUUCAAUUCUCAUGUUUCUUGUUCUUCAAGUUAUUAGCCAAACACAAGUUCAUGUUCUCUUAUUUGCUUUAACAAAUUAAAGGAAUCAUUAUUCUUUUAGAA